CCUGGAUUUAUGGCUCCGAUCACGGGAGAGCAAUUCUUAAUUAGGUGGCGUUAUGGAGAAUUCAAGAUCACUUGCCCAGAAAGCACCAUGAAAGACAAGGCUAUGACUCUACAGGAAAUUGAGAUUUGCCAUCUGACUGAGCACAAUGUGAUGUUCACAGUGAAUAGACGAACCCCUGUAAAAAUUAAAGGGAUAUUACAUUUCAUCUUGGAACAAAGCACAACAAAGCAGCUCCUGGUUCCCAUGCACUUAGAAGAUACAACCGAGGCAUCACCAGAUAAAACAGAUUCCGCGUCCCCAAUGCCGUCAGCAUCCACAUCAACUGGCAGUCCACCUAAAGAUGCAUCAGCAGCAACCGGUGAAGUUUCCACUGCUAAAGCCAGCCCUACCGAAGAAUCCAGGGAGCAGGAAUUUGUCGACAUUCUCGAGAAAGUAGCUGAGAAGAUUUACAAGAAUGUUGAGAUCAUUGAUCUGGGCAGGCAAUUGGGUUUUGAAUUAGCGGUAAUACAACGUUACAUACAAACAAACGAAAAAUACACAACUGUCACAUACGAGGGAACACGUGAUAUGCUCGAUUCAUGGAGGAACAGGACACCGAGGUCAAGAGAACGUGAACAGUUGAAGGAGGCCCUGAUUGCGAUUGGUCACCUUCGACUAGCAGACUGCCUCCUGAACGACGAUGUGGCAAGUUAGCUUGAAUUAUAUUCCACAUACUGAGAAUCUUGCUCUACGAUUGGUCAAAAGUAAA